GUGAGGGGAGGGCGGAUACAUAAGACACUGUUUUUAGAUUGAGAGACGUUCAUUAGCAGUGAACACUGGAGAGAGAGAGAGAGACAGACAGACAGACAGACAGACAGACAGACAGACAGACAGACAGACAGACAGACAGAGAGACAGGGAGAGAGAGAGAGAGAGAGAGAGAGACAGACAGACAGACAGACAGACAGACAGACAGACAGAGAGACAGGGAGAGAGAGAGAGAGACAGACAGACAGACAGACAGACAGACAGACAGACAGACAGAGAGAGAGAGAGAGAGAGAGAGAGACAGACAGACAGAGAGAGAGACAGGGAGAGAGAGAGAGAGAGACGUUCAUUAGCAGUGAACACUGGAGAGAGAGAGAGAGAAAGAGAGAGAGAGAGAGAGAGAGAGAGAGAGACAGAGAGAGAGAAAGAGAGAGAGAGAGACAGAGAGAGAGAGAGAGAGAGAGAGACACAGAGAGAGAGAGAGAGACAGAGAGAGAGAGAGAGACCAGGGGAGGAGAAAGGUACAAUGAAGGGGAAAUGAUCAGUAAUCUACAGAGGUUUCUGCCAGCCUCCAGAGCCACACACACGCAGUCUGGAUCUCAUUAAAGAAGAGGGCAGACUCUUCAGCUACCUGGGACCCUCCACUACUCCCCAGCUGCAGGGAGGUCAUAGAUGGAUUGUGAUGACCUCAUAGAGGAGGCGCUGGACUCUACAGAUGAGCCCUGUGAAGAUCUGAAACCACAUAGCAGCCCCAGCCUGAGCCCCAAUAUGGACAACGAGAUCACCGCCAAGGAGAGAGGAGUACUGGAGGAGAAGAACAAAAAGGAGACGAUGGACAGAUAUCAGGAGGAGGAGGAGGAGGAGGAGAAGGGUAGGAGGGAGCAGCUGGAGCCUCUGUCUGAGGAGCAGGAGCUGGAGGAGUUGAGGAGUCAGGUCCUGCAGCUCCUCCUGGAGUUAGAAGGGGCCCGGGAGAUAUCCAACAAACACCAGGAGGCUUUCCACGAGCUGCAGGGUCUAUUGGAGGAUGAGCGUUUGACCAGCGCUCAUCAGGCAGAAGCCUUCGCACGACAGGUCCACAACCUGCAAGCCCAGCUGCGUUUGGUACAGGAGGAGAUUGACUCUCUGGAGGAGGAGAAAAAGAGCGAACUGAUUGAGGCCCACGAGGAGCUACGCCUGGCCCAGGAGGAGGUGCUACUGCUGCAGCAGGCGGCGGAGGAGUCAGCGGCUGAGAGGGAGAACGACAUCGCCUCCCUACAGGAGGAGCUUUGUCGCCAUCAGGCCGAGCUGGGGAGGCUCAACGAGGAGGCACAGGAGUACGAGCUGGAGAUCACCACGCUCCGUGCCGAGAUCAGCAUGAAGAGUCAGAGGAGAGAGGAGGAGAGGAGAGGAGGAGACGUAGAAACACUGAAGCAGGAGUGUGUCACGUUGAGGGAGGAGUGUGAGACAUUGAAGAAUGACAACAGACGUCUGACUGAGAAACUACAGCUGCAGAGGACAGGUUCCAACAGCCACCUGUCCCUAAAAGAGGAUGAAGAGGACACCGGGAUCGGAGUGGGCACAGAGAUGGGGGGCAUGCCUGAGAGCUACAUGACCAUGGCAGACUGCCAGUCAACGGGCACAGGGACCAACUGCCGCCUGAAGGACGUGUCCAUUCAGAAGAACAUCUCGUUCGAUGGGAAGCCCAUGACCCUCACCGGCUGGAAUGGAGGAUUUGGGGAGAUCGUCUCACUAAGAGACCAGUUGAAACAAGCUGAGGAGAAGGCUUCUUUGGUACAGAGACAGUGUGACGGUUUGAAGACAGAGCUGAGGGAGCUACAGGUGCUAUAUGACAGCAGCCAGAGGGAGAGGGCGGGGAUGGAGGAGGAGCUACUGCGCUGCAAGGCAGAGUUGGAGAGGCUGGCUGGAGGGGGGCAGAGCUACAUCCAUUCGCCUGAGUCUCCUGUUCUCUCCAUCCCCUUCAUAGGAAUAAUUGUAAUAUUGGGAGUGGUUUGGUGCUGGUUGUCCGAGCGUCACAGAAAGCAAGGGGUGUGAUAUAGAACGGAACCCUAUUCUGACUGUCACCGCGGCAACAGCUGUGCUUCUGAUUCGUGGCUAGCAUGUUGAGAGGCCCGAUGUUGAGCAGGUCAGAUCAGUAACAAGUUACACCGACAAAGACGGUAAUGUCUGCUUAUAGACAACUACCCUCCAUCCCCACCCCCUUAUCACAUCGAUCUGGGACGAACAACAAAUCACACGCCAUUCCUCUAAUUCAUCGCUAGGAAGAGGAAAUUCAGAUGGCAACUGUUCAGAAAAGAGGAGCAUGUUGAAAAUGGAAAACUUCAGAAAACAAGAGAGAAGUGUGCUCAUAGUUCUGAUGGAAAAGAUGGACUCAUUUUCUCUCCUGUUCUGGGGGUCACAGGUCUUCAUGAAGCUGAGAACAUAGUGUGGAUACUUACAUUUAAUUGGAUAGUACCUUUCCGCAUAAAUCCAGCUGGUUCUGUCCCUGUGACAUCUCAUUCUCUCUCUGUCUCUCUGUCUGUCUCAUGGGUCUUGACUACGGGGCGGCAGGGUGGCCUAGUGGUUAGAGCGUUGUACUAGUAACCAGAAGGUUGCAAGUUCAAAUCCCCGAGCUGACAAGUUACAAAUCUGUCGUGCUGCCCCUGAACAGGCAGUUAACCCACUGUUCCUAGGCCGUCAUUGAAGAUAAGAUUUUUUUCUUUACUGACUUGCCUAGUUAAAUAAAGGUCAAAUAAAUAUGGGACUCAAUUGGUCCUGAGUUUAAAUGUCUUAUACUACUCUUAUACAACUCUCACCUUGUAUUUUACUAAAUGUAAUUGUUAAUAUGUUAAUUGAUUGGUCAUCUUUUAACAAGAACCACCUCUGCAUCUUGCACAUUUUGCUGAAUUAAAAACUCUUAAUAAAUAAAUAAAUAAAAUCCACAUGAUGUUGUAAAUAAGUCCUAGUAGAAUCUUUCUGAAAAUAUAAUUAUAUCUACUUGUGUAAUUCAUUAUUUAAAGGAAUAUGUCGAAUACGUGAAAUAAUUUAAUGUCUGUGCCCGUGUCUUGUUAAUAGCUCGAAACAUGGGGAUUUUUCUCAAUUAUAAUGAAAUGAAUAAUGAAGACCUAGUAUAGAGUUCUAGUCUAGAGUGACAGAUGCUUUCCCCCCCCCCUCUCAUUCAUUUACAUUUACUUUAAAAAUACAAUGAGCGUUCCAGAUGUCCGACCUACAGUGAAUUUGUUAUUAGUGAGGAUGUUUAAUCUGGGUUUUCAGAGUUGUGUAAAUGCCUAUUUGUUAUGGUGUCCACAUUUAAAGGGGGAAGUGUAUGGGAGAUGUGUGUGCUAGUCUAGCAGCUGUUCUAAUGCACCUGUCAGUCCUAGCCUAUGUUUAACCAACCAUCUCACCCACAUACCACUGUCCUAGCUAUUUUUGUCCACAGUCAGUCACUUCUUUUAUUUACUGAACUUAACUUAGCGCACCGUCAGACAGACUAGGGUUGAAAUACUAUUCUGAAAUCAUUUCAGAAACCCUUAUCGGUUUUUGAUUGAGCUUCCUGAUUUAAUGGACCAAAAUAAUAGCCCCCAAACGGCAAACCCCACCCAUCUGUCACUCAGGCAGGCUAAGGAAAACACUCAAAGCAUUUGAAAGAGUUAGACAUAGUAUUUGAACCCAGGUGUGUCGUCGGUAGAGUAUGCAUGGCUUCUGACUGCUUUGUCAUGCAGUGACUGUAUAAUUAGCCACCCAAAUAUGUCAAGUUAGCACACCCCGUCUGUAUUUUCUUCUUCUUCCACAUCCCAGACUACACAUCCCAGACAACACAUCCCAGACUACACAUCCCAGACUACACAUCCCAGACAACACAUCCCAGACUACACAUCCCAGACUACACAUCCCAGACUACACAUCCCAGACAACGCAUCCCAGACUACGCAUCCCAGACUACGCAUCCCAGACUACGCAUCCCAGACUACGCAUCCCAGACUACACAUCCCAGACUACACAUCCCAGACUACACAUCCCAGACUACACAUCCCAGACAACGCAUCCCAGACUACGCAUCCCAGACUACACAUCCCAGACUACGCAUCCCAGACUACACAUCCCAGACUACACAUCCCAGACUACACAUCCCAGACUACACAUCCCAGACAACGCAUCCCAGACUACGCAUCCCAGACUACGCAUCCCAGACUACGCAUCCCAGACUACACAUCCCAGACUACACAUCCCAGACUACACAUCCCAGACUACACAUCCCAGACUACGCAUCCCAGACUACACUGUCUCUGAUAUGCCUUUGACCAGUUCACCCGUGAAGUCUGGGGCCCAUGUUUUUUUUUAAGAGUCUCACAGUAGGAGUUCUGAUCUUGGAUCAGUUUGAACUUUGGGAUCAUAAUGAACAACAUCACAUGGACGGGGACGGGGGUCGGGGAGGACUGACCCUAGAUCAGCACUCCUAACCCAAGAUGCUUUAUGGAUAUUUUUUGUACAGUAACACAUUAACUGUAUAAGACCUCUGUGUCAUGUUUCGAUAGUGUGAGCUAUGUAUUUGAAUAUACUGUAGCAGCUUUUCAUACAACAGACAAAGAACAGCGAAUAUUUAACUUUGAGCUUGUGAAUGUCUCAAAAUACCUAAUGUACACACUAUUUAUAACUGAAUUGUUUCUGUACUUUUUAAAUCUACUAACACCUUCUUAAAUGUGGAGAGAAAUGAAUGUGUUUUUUAUAAGGGGGAUGGAUUUUCUUGGCUUGGGUUGGUCUUUCCACAGGUUCUGAAAUGUCAUUAAAAUUGUUUUGUUUUUUUCUCCAGGUACACAGCUAGAGAAUGUUGACGGUCAGCAUUCCAUAGUUGAAUGAUGCUUGUGAACAUACCAGAGAUAGGAUAUUUAAUUUGUGCUGUGUCUGGUCGUACGUGAUGGUAUGCCUGUGUGUGGGGACAGACGAUUGGUAGACCAUGAGGCAUCGAAACAAGUUUGAUUGCAGAAGGCAUUCUUGAAAUUGGAUUGUUAUGUAAAAUUACGUCAAUCGUUUUUUUGGGGGGCAAAUUCUAAAUGUGUUUGGAUUGAACAGUUCGAUUUGUCGCAAAAAAAAUGAGGCAGCAUUUUAAACGUUUUAAAUGAUCUGUUAAUUAACAACGGGUGAAAUUUUGUGACACAGUAAAAGUCUAGCUACAUUAGAGGUAAUAAGGCAUGCUACAUAUAGUCUAAGAGAAAAGUUUAAAAAGUUUACUUAUGUUUAAUAUGAGGUUUUUGUUUUACUUCGUGUUUGUUUGAUUUGCAUAGGUUCAGACGUGGUAUCGACUAAUGUGGGAGAGAAAUAAGGCUAACAUCUCCAUUUGUAAAAGCUUUGUAGAACGUCUCUUUUGAGAGAGCAGUGUAUAUUUCAUAGCCAAAUUAUGUUAAAGUGUAUUUAUGGUGAGUUUAUUAAGAGAACCAAGUAAGUGUUGGUAAGUGUUUUCUACCUCUGUUUUCAAUACCUCUAUGUUUAUUUGAGUAGUCAGUGCAUGCAGGUAGAGGUUUGUUUUUUGGUGUUAGUACCCAGUAUGAGUAUGCUAUUGUCAAAAAUAAACAACCCACCAAAAUCAAUACUGAUCCUCUGUUCACAGAUGAAUCUUGAAUUUAGUUGUGGGACAUCUUCUAAUAGACAACCGUUUGUUUUCAUUCAAGUUCCUAAAUCUUCACAGACAAGGAUGGAAUCAAACCCAGUAGUAACACCUCCUCUACCAAAUAUCUUUCUGCUGCUACACUUCCUGAACUUUAGUUCAUAUAAACGUUGCUUUAACCUGAACAUGAUUGUUUAAGCUUAUUAAACCUGUUUUUCGAAACAAACAUUACUGUGUGUACGUGAGUUAUAUUGAGUUUACAUUAUGGUUCUCAGUUUGCUGCUUGCAUUUUGUUCCCUUUGACUUUGUGGUUUGGAAUAUACAGUAGUUGAAUAUACAGUAGU